UUAAAAACAAGUAUAAAAAAACAAUUUUCACUCAAAGAGAUAUUAAGAACCUGAUUGCUGUGAUUUGUAUACCCAAUUAUCAGUUUCUCUCCUUUUUUUUUACAAUUCAUUUCUUGUAUCGCGAGGAAAUUGAGCAACUGCAACCGUAACUCAGGGUUUUUAUAGAAUUGUUUACAUUUUUCAUGAAUGAUAACUGUCGCUUUUUGAAAAACAAAUAUAUCACUUCAGUGAAAGGAGGUUUCACAAAUUAUUUGGUAUUAAUAAUGUCAAAAAAAUAUAAGCAGUAUUUAUGGAAAAAUGAAUCCUUACCAAUCAGAACAUUCAGUCGAUACAGAUCGAAUAUGCUGUUCGGUGUAAAUGAUAUUCAGGAUAAAAAUUUCAACGUGCCAAGCACAAGUAAUGUUGAAACAAGUCAAGAAUCAGAAAUAUGUGAGAUUGAGACUGAAGCAAUAAGUAGUGAAUCUAGUUUAAAUAAUAGCACUUUAUCUGACAAAUCAGAUACUGAAGAAGAAACAUCAUCUGAAGAUAUUUUUCCACCAAAAGAUGAUUUUGAAAAUCUUAUUAAAAAUUGUUAUAAACCGAUUUAUGAAUCAGCAGAUGUGACAAAUUUAGAAGCAUUUGUGAGCAUUUUAGCUUACUCCAUCAAAUUCAACCUUUCAAAAUCUUGUGUCGAUGGAUUGCUCAAGUUAUUAAAAACUCUAUUGCCACCUUGUAAUCUACCAGAGACGAAAUAUAUCUUCUAUAAAGGUACAUCGGCAAUUAGUAAUGCAUGUGAGCUGCAUCUUUAUUGUCCUCAUUGUGAUAGCUACAUAAGUAAACUAAGUCAACAUAAUUCUACUGAGUGUUUAACAUGUUCAGAAUCAUUUAAUAGUGAUGAAUUGAUUAAAAAUGGCAAUUUUUUUCUAUACAUGCCUCUUUCACAUCAACUUCAAUUGAAACUUGAAAAUGAAGAUCUCCUCAAUAAUAAAUAA